CGGCCAUCCUGCGACCCGGCCGCCUCGACCAGCUCAUCUACAUCCCGCUGCCCGACGAGAAGUCGCGCGAGGCCAUCCUGCGUGCCAACCUGCGCAAGUCGCCCAUCGCCAGGGACGUGGACCUGCUCUACAUCGCCAAGGUGACGCAAGGCUUCAGUGGUGCUGACUUGACGGAGAUCUGCCAGCGUGCAUGCAAACUGGCCAUCCGGCAAGCCAUCGAGACCGAGAUCACACGCGAACGCGCCCGGCAACAGCAGCAAGCCGGCAUGGAUACGGACGAGGAGGACCCGGUGCCGGAGAUCUCUCGGGCGCACUUCGAGGAGGCGAUGAAGUUCGCGCGCCGCUCCGUGUCCGACAACGACAUCCGCAAGUACGAGCUGUUCGCGCAGACGCUGCAGCAGUCCCGAGGCUUCGGGACCAACUUCCGGUUCCCGACCAGCGCCGGCGCGGGCGCGGGCGGCGGCACGGGCACGUCGGGCGGCGACCAGCCCACCUUCCAGGAGGAGGGGCAGGACGACGACCUCUACAGCUAAGCUCCCAGCGUCUGCCCCGGGUGUCUGCACUCUGUAAGUUCCAUAAUGUAGACAGUACCCCGGUGCAGGUUCCCGACCAGCGCCGGCGCGGGCGCGGGCGGCGGCACGGGCACGUCGGGCGGCGACCAGCCCACCUUCCAGGAGGAGGGGCAGGACGACGACCUCUACAGCUAAGCUCCCAGCGUCUGCCCCGGGUGUCUGCACUCUGUAAGUUCCAUAAUGUAGACAGUGUCCCGGUGCAGGUUCCCGACCAGCGCCGGCGCGGGCGCGGGCGGCGGCACGGGCACGUCGGGCGGCGACCAGCCCACCUUCCAGGAGGAGGGGCAGGACGACGACCUCUACAGCUAAGCUCCCAGCGUCUGCCCCGGGUGUCUGCACUCUGUAAGUUCCAUAAUGUAGACAGUGCCCCGGUGCAGGUUCCCGACCAGCGCCGGCGCGGGCACGUCGGGCGGCGACCAGCCCACCUUCCAGGAGGAGGGGCAGGACGACGACCUCUACAGCUAAGCUCCCAGCGUCUGCCCCGGGUGUCUGCACUCUGUAAGUUCCAUAAUGUAGACAGUGCCCCGGUGCAGGUUCCCGACCAGCGCCGGCGCGGGCACGUCGGGCGGCGACCAGCCCACCUUCCAGGAGGAGGGGCAGGACGACGACCUCUACAGCUAAGCUCCCAGCGUCUGCCCCGGGUGUCUGCACUCUGUAAGUUCCAUAAUGUAGACAGUGCCCCGGUGCAGGUUCCCGACCAGCGCCGGCGCGGGCACGUCGGGCGGCGACCAGCCCACCUUCCAGGAGGAGGGGCAGGACGACGACCUCUACAGCUAAGCUCCCAGCGUCUGCCCCGGGUGUCUGCACUCUGUAAGUUCCAUAAUGUAGACAGUGCCCCGGUGCAGGUUCCCGACCAGCGCCGGCGCGGGCACGUCGGGCGGCGACCAGCCCACCUUCCAGGAGGAGGGGCAGGACGACGACCUCUACAGCUAAGCUCCCAGCGUCUGCCCCGGGUGUCUGCACUCUGUAAGUUCCAUAAUGUAGACAGUGCCCCGGUGCAGGUUCCCGACCAGCGCCGGCGCGGGCACGUCGGGCGGCGACCAGCCCACCUUCCAGGAGGAGGGGCAGGACGACGACCUCUACAGCUAAGCUCCCAGCGUCUGCCCUGGGUGUCUGCACUCUGUAAGUUCCAUAAUGUAGACAGUGCCCCGGUGCAGGUUCCCGACCAGCGCCGGCGCGGGCACGUCGGGCGGCGACCAGCCCACCUUCCAGGAGGAGGGGCAGGACGACGACCUCUACAGCUAAGCUCCCAGCGUCUGCCCCGGGUGUCUGCACUCUGUAAGUUCCAUAAUGUAGACAGUGCCCCGGUGCAGGUUCCCGACCAGCGCCGGCGCGGGCACGUCGGGCGGCGACCAGCCCACCUUCCAGGAGGAGGGGCAGGACGACGACCUCUACAGCUAAGCUCCCAGCGUCUGCCCCGGGUGUCUGCACUCUGUAAGUUCCAUAAUGUAGACAGUGCCCCGGUGCAGGUUCCCGACCAGCGCCGGCGCGGGCACGUCGGGCGGCGACCAGCCCACCUUCCAGGAGGAGGGGCAGGACGACGACCUCUACAGCUAAGCUCCCAGCGUCUGCCCCGGGUGUCUGCACUCUGUAAGUUCCAUAAUGUAGACAGUGUCCCGGUGCAGGUUCCCGACCAGCGCCGGCGCGGGCACGUCGGGCGGCGACCAGCCCACCUUCCAGGAGGAGGGGCAGGACGACGACCUCUACAGCUAAGCUCCCAGCGUCUGCCCCGGGUGUCUGCACUCUGUAAGUUCCAUAAUGUAGACAGUGUCCCGGUGCAGGUUCCCGACCAGCGCCGGCGCGGGCACGUCGGGCGGCGACCAGCCCACCUUCCAGGAGGAGGGGCAGGACGACGACCUCUACAGCUAAGCUCCCAGCGUCUGCCCCGGGUGUCUGCACUCUGUUCCGACCUUUUUCGGACUACGACUACGGAACCCGGGGCGUCUCAACACACACGCGCCCCACCAGGCCGGCACCACACACAGACACACACAAACACAUAUACCAGAGGCCGGCUCCGCUCCGCGCCCCAGUUUAAGACUUAUACUUAAGAUUAUCGGUGAACCACGUCCGGACGGGUGUAGCGGAUCCCAGGUUGAGGAAAUGUCUAUAAUGUCUAUAUUAAAUUCCAAUAUGUAUUCCCAACCGGGUAUAAGUGUAUUUAUUUUGUCGAUCGAUUGAUAGCAUUUCUUUGUGUUCGGAUUCGCUUGUGUUAGUUGUAAUUUGAAUAAUGUUGGCUCGCGGAGCCGUUAAGAUCAUAAUGAUAUAGUAUAAUUGUUAACUGUAUGGCAGAUCCUGUGCGUAGGCGACUAUUACACAAUAUCGCAGUGAUUUUUUAAUAAAAGAUUUUUAUAGACCAA